CGCAGCGCGCGCUCCAAGAUGGCGGCGGCGGCGGCGGGGCCCGAGUCCGGCGGCAGCAGCGGCAGCAGCGGCGGCCUCGGCGGAUCCAACACCUUCAAAAAAUCCCUGACUCCCGAGAUGCCGGGAGGAUCCCAAACCAUCCGGAAAGGGCACAGAGGAGUGGAUUCCACGGGGGAAACCACCUAUAAAAAGACCACCUCCUCAGCUCUGAAGGGAGCCAUCCAGCUGGGCAUCACUCACACCGUGGGCAGCCUCAGCACCAAGCCCGAGCGCGACGUGCUCAUGCAGGACUUCUACGUCGUGGAGAGCAUCUUCUUCCCCAGCGAGGGCAGCAACCUCACCCCCGCCCACCACUACAACGAUUUCCGCUUCAAGACGUACGCGCCCGUGGCCUUCCGCUACUUCCGCGAGCUCUUCGGGAUCCGCCCCGACGAUUACCUGUAUUCCCUGUGCAGCGAGCCCCUGAUCGAGCUCUCCAACUCGGGCGCCAGCGGCUCGCUCUUCUACGUCUCCAGCGACGACGAGUUCAUCAUCAAAACCGUGCAGCACAAGGAGGCCGAGUUCCUGCAGAAACUCCUGCCUGGAUACUACAUGAACCUGAACCAGAACCCCAGGACCCUGCUGCCCAAAUUUUACGGGCUGUACUGCGUGCAGGCCGGAGGGAAGAACAUCAGGAUCGUGGUGAUGAACAACCUGCUGCCGCGCUCCGUGCGCAUGCACCUCAAGUACGACCUCAAGGGCUCCACCUACAAACGCCGCGCGUCCCAAAAGGAGAGGGACAAGGUUUUCCCCACCUUCAAGGACCUGGAUUUCAUGCAGGACCUCCCCGACGGGCUCUUCCUGGACUCGGAUAUGUACAACGCCCUGUGCAAGACGCUGCAGAGGGAUUGCUUGGUGCUGCAGAGUUUCAAAAUCAUGGACUACAGCCUGCUGGUGGCCAUCCACAACCUGGACCUGGCGCAGCGCGAGCGCGCGGCCGGCACGGCCGGCGGGGACGGCCCCGGGCGGCCCGCGGCGCAGAGAGCGCUCUACAGCACGGCCAUGGAGUCCAUCCAGGGAGAGGCACCCAGAGGGGGAACAUUCGAGACUGAGGACCAGAUGGGCGGAAUUCCCGCCCGGAAUUCCCGCGGCGAGCGCCUGCUGCUCUACAUCGGCAUCAUCGACGUGCUGCAGUCCUACAGGUUCGUGAAGAAACUCGAGCACUCCUGGAAGGCCCUGGUGCACGAUGGGGACACGGUGUCCGUGCACCGGCCCAGUUUCUACGCCGAGCGUUUCCAGCGCUUCAUGUGCCACACGGUGUUCCGGAAAAUUCCACUGAAACCUUCCCCGUCCAAGAAGAGCCGGGGCGGCGGCGCCGGGCCCAGGAGGAGCCAGGGGGGGAUCCCGGCCCCGAACCCUCCCCCGGCCCCGGCCGGCCCCGACGGCGACCUGGAGCAAGGUUCCAGGCCGGAUCUCCUGCCCCGCUCCGUCCCCGAUCCCAGCUGUGACUCCGUGCCCACGUCCCUGUCCCUGUCCCCAUUCCCAGUUCCCAUUCCCAGUCCCCAGUUCCAGGCCGGAUCUCCUGCCCCGUUCCGUCCCCGAUCCCAGCUGUGA